UCUGACGAUGAAUUGGAUUAUGAGGAUGGUCUGUGCGAUAACUGUGGGGAGGAAUGUAACACUCUGCAUACGAUUGACGAUGUGAAGUUGUGCUACGUAUGCCGCGUUUAUUACAAGUUGAUGCGUAAACAUCGUCCGUGUAAUUAUGCGUCAACAGUAAAUGAAGUUCGGCAGAGACGUGUUCGAAAAUGCCCUGAAGAUAUGCUCGAAAUAGCCAAGGAAUUUGUCGAAAUGUCAACAUAUGUCGAAGAAAGACCAGGUAGUGACGAUAACAUCUGUGACGAUAUAGAAGUUGUUCAGUCAGUGAAGACGAGAUGCUAUGAAGAAACCAAGGCAGCUAUGCGCGAACUAACCAGAGGUUCGUUCACGAGCUAUCCGCCUUGA